CUGUGUUUAUUAUUAUUUUUUUAAAUUACAUUAAUUAGGGGAAGACAUAAAGCAGUCUUGGGACACUCCACCCAAGGGUAACUAUAAGGAAACGGGAUGCAAACAGGAAAAAUAUCUUAUUGGUUGGAAAGUGAGUACAAGAACAGACAGUGACACAAGGGCUUGUGGGUAUAUGAAACAACAAUAAAAGAUGCUGAUCAGUCAUAGGAGGGGUCUUACAAAAAACUGUGAGAAAGAGAACGCAGUGAACCAAGAGUGAGGUUAUUGAAGGAGUCACGGGAGAGGUGACAAACCCAGAGCAUGUAUUUAUCAGGCAUUUGGAUUUUGGCUAUUUCUCUCACUGCAACAGUGGCAUCAGAAGACAAGCAUGUUCUUCAACAGUCUCUCCAAGGUCCUCCAGGUGCUCCUGGGAACAAUGGAAUUCCAGGGCACAAUGGGCAAAAUGGACUCAAUGGAGAAAAAGGGCAGAAGGGAGAUACAGGGGAGCCUGGUGUCUCAGGAUUGUUUGGACAACAAGACCCUCCAGGAAAACUAGGACCAAGGGGUGAAACAGGAGAACCACGCCCUACUGGACCAAAAGGAAACCCAGGAGAAUGCCCAUGUCUUCAAAAAUCUGCUUUUGCUCCGAAACUGGGCAAAAAUUAUCCACCUCCUGAACAACCCAUUAUUUUUAAUGAGGUCCUCUAUAAUGACCAGCAUCAUUUUGAUUUGGCCACAGGAAUUUUCAAACUCCAGGGAUCUGGCAGGUAUUACUUUGCAUACCAUGUAGAGUUAUACCCGAAUACCACAACCAUUCUUUUGAUGAAAAAUGGCAAGGGCAUAGUAGGAACAUAUCAGACAACACUAAAAGCUUAUGAAAAUGUGUCAGGAAGUACCAUCCUAAAGCUGGAGAAGGGUGAUAAAGUCUGGUUAAAAGCGCAUCAGGAGAGUAAUGGAGCAACACACACAAGCUACUUUUUGGCUUAUCUGAUAUUUGAAAGUUAGAUUUCUGCAGAGUGCCAGGAUAAUAAUAUUCCCAGAGUAUAGGGCAAGAGAUUCUGGUAGCAUUUAAUACCAUAUUAUACACACAGGUGGGAGCAUCAAUUAUUAAGGCUGCAUAAUGCUGCUCAUUAUUAAAUCCCGUUUUCUGUUUUUUUCAUUACGAUUUCAAAGUUAUAGCUUUG